GUGCCUUCUAAUUUGAAAUAAAAGUUAUAAUUGUGUUAAUACUAAUUUUUUUUUAAAGAAAUGGAUUCACAGAAAGAUCUACAGCCGCCAAAGCAGCAGCCCAUGAUCUACAUAUGUGGAGAAUGUCACGCUGAGAAUGAAAUCAAGGCCCGUGAUCCAAUCCGAUGUAGAGAAUGCGGCUACAGGAUCAUGUACAAGAAGAGAACAAAAAGAUUGGUGGUUUUUGAUGCACGAUGAAGAUGUGUUUUUGUUUUUUUCCCUCCCUUG